GUCAUGUCUGUCAUCUCAGAGUUACAAAAAAAAUGCAAAGUUACACGGAAGGAAACAAAACCUUAUUUGACCUAUUUCCGCAAAAUACAAAUCAAUAAAUGAUUAUAAGAAGUCAACAACAUCAAUUCUUAACUUAUUCCCAGUGUAAAUAAUCUAACUAUCUGUAUAAACAGCGAAAUACUUAUACGUGAUUGAAUUUCAAGCAACAGUUUUGAGAUACGCACUUUGCAUGUAAAGUGGUUUAGUAAACACAAUCUAUUCGCGUCCAGUACUGAACCAUGAUGUCAGAAGAUGGCAUGGAGAACCGGCGAGGGCCUCCCGGAGUCAACUCCAGGUCCUUGAGUGUCGCUCAUUCUGCUGCUGAUCUUGAGGUACUACGCGAGAUAGAAAACGUAUAUUUUCUACCGCCAUCAGAAUUCGACGCUGGGAAGUAUGUGUUAGAACACGCUCCCGCCUCGUCCUGUGAUGAUAUCGAACGUAUGUUCUCUAAGUUGAAACGUCAACAACAGGUAGUCUCCGGCAAAGCCCUUCACCUAAUAUCCCAACAACGCGACAACUGCGAUAGAGAAUUCAAAGAAAUCCAAAACAUUCGAGAACAGCUUUCCACCACCCUCCAAACCUGUCAGAAAGCCAGAGACCAGCUCCGAGCUGCCUCAAACCAUCUCACAAUAUCCACUUUCGUGAUCCUGGCCAACUUCAGAAAACGACAAAUCAUCAGGUCAGUACUAAAAUCUUUAGAACUACUCCGAACUCUAAGAAGUGUGGAAAAAGAUGCCGCUGAUUUGCUAGUAAGGAAAGAAUAUUAUGAAGCUAUAGAUCUGAUUUUGAAAAGUAAGAAAGCUGCUAAUAGUCAUAAGGAGUAUACUUGCAUAGCAGAUUUGGCUACACGACUGCAAGAUACCUUAGAUAUGACUGAGGAAAAAUUGGAUUCUGUCUUAGCAAGUAUUUGUUACAAUUUUGACGAAAAUAUAUUUAGGAAACUUAAGAAAGCUUAUGCGUUGCUUGGUAAGACUCAAGCUGCUAUGGAACAAUUACAUAUGCACUACUCUUCGGCUGUAAAUGAGUCCGCGAUUGAAGCGGUUAAAAAUUACGUAGCGGAUGCAAACGAUAUGAAAUUUCAAGAUAUGUGUCAAUCAGUUCAGGCUAAUAAAGCUCCGAUUUGCUUGUUGAAUCUUUGUGAAAAUCUCUUUUUAAUAAUGAGGAGUUACUACCUUUUAGUCGAUUGGCAUUCGAAAUAUGAUGAGGAAGAAUCGAUACCUAUAUCGAGUAACGUUUUCGAAAUCGAGAAGAAUGUUAGCAGAGAAUAUAUUAGGCAGAAAUUAAAAGCGGGUCUUGUUAGAAUUUGGAAUGAUGUUCAAGCGAAGGUUUCGACGUUUUUGAAGAGUUCUGGCUUAGAAGAGUAUCCGUUUGAGAAAUUUAUACAGAUGUUAGGUAUUUUGAGGAAACUGACUCAAGUAGCUGAGGUUUUCUGUGGCGAUAAGUCGGAUUUGCUCCAAGACUUUAUUAAGACUCAAAGUGUGUUGUAUAUUAAGAAUUACCACAGAGGUAGGAUGGAAGAAUUGAAACUCUUUCUAGAGAACGAAGGUUGGGAACAGUGUCCUGUAAAAUCAACGUUUAACUUGCUAUAUUUACAAGAGUUUAAGCAGUUUAAAAAGUACUUAAACAUAAGAUCUGAUACAUCAUUACUUAAAACGCAGUCCGAUGGAGCUUCGUCGGUACAUUCUCAAGAUGAUAGCGUGUACAUAGCCAAGUAUUUCAAGCAAAACACUAAUCAUACUCCCUUCGAGAUAUUCCGUAACGAAAAUAUAACGAAUGACGAUAUUUUCGGCUUAGAACCGGAGUUGGUAAGCGAUGAUUCCGAUGAUGACGAACCCGACGAAUUGAAACGGGAUUUCGUCGACGAAAAUGAUCGACCCGAAAUUAACGAAAGUCCGAGCAAGAUAAAAGAUAGUGUUAUUGUCACUAACACUACUUUAUCAGUCUUAAGACAUUGUGGUCAAUAUCUACAGAUCUGUCGGUAUCUUCCCCAGAUUUCUCUCGAAGUGGUCAUGCUCAUGAAUCAACUUUUCGACUACUAUUUUUUCACGGUCCACUUAUUUUUCACUGCGGAUCUUGAAGUAGCUUCUUCGACGUUAUACAGUGCGAAAUUAAACUCUGUUUUGAAGAGGAUAAAGAACAAUAUUGAUACAGCAAACUCUGGAGAUGUUGAUGGCAAAAUACCCAGUCCUGAUUCUCCCCAACAUUUGAACAUAAAUUCUGAAGAGGACCUACACGGUCUUUCAGAGAGAAUUGUAGCUGUUGAGAGCGUGAUAUUUCUCUCAAAACAAUAUGAAAUCCUUCAGCCUUAUUUAGAGUCUAUUGUCGCACCACACCAAAGAAUGAUUUUAGAACACUUUAAGGAUAAUACUCUAGCUGUUGUCCAAGAUUUGAGAGUCCCAGUCUACAUGUGUUCGGCUUCAAAAGCAGUUGACGCUCGCACGGCGUUAAUAGCCAUGUCGCAAGUCAAAUGGGACGUCAAAAACGUUGCUGUAGAACACAGUCCGUACGUCGACAUGAUAAUACGGAAAAUCCAAGUGUUUGCUUUACGCCUAGAAAAUGUAUCGACAAAGGUUACUUUGAAUUUGGAGGUGUUAAAUGCAGUUUGGAGUAUGGUAUCCAAAUUUGUCGUCCAUCUAUUGGUCGAAGGGUUUUCUAAUGCGACAAAAUGUUCGAACGGGGGUAGGGGUUUAAUGCAAUUAGAUUAUAGACAGUUAUUUCUGAAAUUGGAGAAGAUAUCAGGGCUGAAACCUGUGCCGUUUCAAGAUUAUGUGGAUAAGUAUGUGAAAGCUUACUAUUUGCCUCGGAAGGGUCUUGAAGAAUUUGUUUCUGAGAGGAUUGAGUAUUCUAAUAAGCAUUUAAUGGCUUUGGUAACUUGUGCGUGUGAGAAUAAGAAAGAUAGGCAGGCUUUGUCAGCGAUUAUUGAAAGUAGAGACAGUUCGGUAAAUUAGGCAUUGUGAAAAAUAGUCGUAAAGUCUUACAACCAGUUUCUUCAUCAAAAGUAAAAGCCAAAGUAAUGUCAUAAAGUAAAAGUAACGGUCAAAUUCGGUUUUUCAAGGGUAAAGUAACAGCAAAACUAAUAGAUUUACAGCCAAUUUUUUCAUCAAAAGUAAAAUCUAAAGUAAUGUCAUAAAGUAAAAGUAACGGUCAAAUUCGUUUUUUCAAGGCUAAAGUAACAGCAAAACUAAAAGAUUAACGGCCAGUUUCUUCAUCAAACAUAAAAGUCAAAGUAAUGUCUAAAGUAAAAGUAACGGUCAAAUUCGUUUUUUCAAGGCUAAAGUGACAGCAAAACUAAUAGAAAAAGCGAAUUUGACCGUUACUUUUACUUUAGACAUUACUUUGAUUUUUACUUUGGCUUUUACUUUUGAUGAAGAAAUUGGCUGAAAAUCGUGAAAAACGAAUUUGACCGCUACUUUUACUUUAUUACAUUACUUUGCCGUUUACUUUUGAUGAAGAAACUGGCUGCUAGUGGUUUAACAUCCAGCCUCUCAAAUACGAGUAUGCUGGGUCGAUUCUUGGUCAGGCAAGGGUCAGUGUAAUUUUGUUAUAUGAAAAUUAUGGAUGUAAAUAUGUGUAAUAUUUAUUAUAAAGCGAAAAUCAAAAUGUAAGUUGGCCUAAUUAUUUAAUUAAUAGGCCUUUUAAAUUCGUUGUUCUGAAAAUGUUAAUGUUUUCUUAUUUUCACAAUCAAACAAUUAUAAUUUGAAUACUCCUUAAUUAUGUGUGUUUUAUGUAAAAAAAUACUAUUAAUAAAGCAAAUGUGUAUCAACUGAACUUUAUGAAAUAAAAUUUGGUAUGGAUUGAUUUAAUGAAAAGACAUUAUAUUUAAGAAUUUUGAAGUUCGAGACUGUAAAAUAUUUAAUUUCUAUUGUUAUAGGGAAUUUAAUCUGUAAAUAUUAUAAUAAUGCUAUUCGUACUUAAAAAGCUUCGUACAAAAUGUGAUAAUCAAAUUAUAUAUUUUAGUCAUGUAUAAAAUUUUCUCUAAAGGUGAAUUUUUCGACUGGUAUCGGAGAAGUCAAAUAUAAAAUGUUUUUUUUUUAUAUAUUUAACCGAAGUUAACAAAAUUCGAACAGCCUUACUACAAAAACUUAAACAUCUGUUGAACACUUGUCUAAAAAAACUUGUCUGCGAAACGGACCUUAUGUCAACGUCAUAAUCAGAUUUUUUAGACAAGUGUUCAACAGAUGUUUAAAAGUUUUUGUGGUAAGACGGACAUAGUCUGGAUAGACUAACUUCCCAAUGGAUUAAGAUUUCUCGACAAAAAAUAUCGCAAGCACAAAAGUUGUAAAUAUAUUAGAAAAAUAUUAUAUUCCUAUUUCUGCAAUGUUUUGACAAGAUUUUUCCAAAAAUGUAUGCUAUGUCGCGAGUCCACAGCUGGUAUGUCUUCGCGCAAUGCGAGUGUUGCAGUUUCGCGGACAUAUUACAAAAUGUUCGCUCGCUAUCCGUUCAGACAGACCGGCUCGGAGAGCAUCGGCGCGCAUUUUUCUUUUCACACAGACCGGAAUCGGCUCCGAUCGGCUGAAAGAGCAUGCAAUCGGAGCCAAACGUCUGCAACACCGAGAAAAAGUACGCGAUCGGAGCCGGUCAGCUUCUCUUAUUAUUUCACACCGAGCGCCUUCGAGGAUUCUUAAUGACAAAAGCAGUGCACAUCCAAAGAUAAACUUACUACAAAUACUAAUUACUCGAUUUUCAACGUGUUAAGAAUUUGCUCUCCUCUCCGAGCCGGUCUGUCUGAACGGACCCGUACUGUUUGCUAGAACGAAACACCAAAAGAUACAUUUUUGUGCGUCGCUAAAACUGGAAUCUUCCUAUAAGAAAAUAAUAAAAUUGUACUGUGACCUGCGCUUAAUAGUUUUAAUUUUGGUACCUAUCUAAGGUCCAAGUUCGAAACGUCCUUUUUUCUUAAAACAAUUGUUCUCUUUGAAACUUGAAAACGUGAAAAUUCAUAGCAAACAAUUGUUUUAAGAAAAUGACGUUUAUGUUGUCGGUAAACUUGGGCCUUAAGCUUAAGCCGUCUACGUCAGACAUUUUGUAGGACCGAUUUUUUGUAGGACGUUCUGACUAGAGUUUUCUGACCAACUUUUUGUAGGAUGUGUGCGUUGCACUAUUGCUAUCAGUGUGUUCUAUUUUUGACCUACAAAAAAUCGGUCGCCGAUUGUCGGACGUGGGCCUUGAUCAUUUUUCAUUGUAUAUUGUGUAUUCAGUUUUGUACUCUUUUAGCUUUAAGUGUGUAUGUAAAAUCUCAAAAGACAUUAGAUUAGGUAAAUAAAUAUUUAAUGUUAAUUAAAACAAUGUUAUUAUGUAUGAUAAUUAAAGAAAUUUAAUAUA